AUCGAUUAUGAAGAAAUGUGAUUGUUGAAUUAUUGAUUCCUUCUUGAAAUAGAUUGCAUUUACAGGAGUUGUUUAUCCAUGCUUGGUUCUUGCUUAUAUGGGUGGAGAUGCUUAUCUUUCCAAGCACAAAGAGGAUCUUCAAAGAAGUUUUUACAAGGCUAUACCAGGUUCGAGCUACCCCUGGGCAUACAUUACUUAUCUUACUGGAGAUGGGCCUGAUCAGCCACAACCAAAGAUGGCUUUUACUGGGGACGCUUUACUAAUACGGGGAUGUGGGAGAACUGAUUUUCAGGGCGGAAGUUCACAUCAACUUUAUCAGUCAGUGCAUUCACAGAUAUUCACCUUGCCCAAGGAUACUUUGAUCUAUCCUGCUCAUGAUUACAAGGGAUUCACUGUUAGUACUGUUGGAGAGGAAAUGCUGUACAAUCCCAGGCUAACCAAAGAUGAGGUGAUCCCCAAAGAUGAGAAUGGCAGAGGUGACAACAAUAAUACACGCUGUCAAUUCCCAGGUUCUGUAAAUGAAACCCUCAAUAAAUGGCAGAUUUUCAUUUUGAUUGCAGCAAACUCUUGUAUAUUGAGAGUUUCUACCAUAGAAUAA